UUUUUGCUCUGUUUGCUGUUCUCGAGAAUGUCUGUUUGACUGGAUGAAGUAGGCUAAGGUUGAUAUGUAUCCAGUCACGCCGUUGCAAAUUAUGGCGCGUGCUCCACGCCUGCAGUCCCGUCAUCGUCGCGUCUUUUUAAAAGCUUAUUCAAUUAAAUAAAUGUACAGUGUUCGGUAUUUUAGAAGGAUUCGGUUAUCUUGUCGGGAUUUCCCCGCGGCUGUAACGGAGGGGAGAGGAUGGGCUGGGUCGGAUAGACUCGUGUCAGUUGCUUGCAGUUGGUGUCUUGGCUACCGAACCGUCAACAACUGACUCCCCCUCCUCGCCCACGCGCGCACCGCACCGAAACUUCCCAGCAACGCCGAGCCUGGAUCUGAAAACUUGUGAAAGAGAUACAUGUCCGGCGAACAGCUGGAAGAUCUAAAUCCAGAAAUAGCUAUGCGUAAAGAGCACUUCAACAGCCCUGGUAUUCCGAGUGUGCGAGUUAUUUUCUUCCCUCUUGUUUAUUGCACAAGUGACUCUAUGUAGAGAUAAUGAAUGAACAUUGAUGCAUUAUAUUCUACCGAUUACGGUUUCAUGAUAAUUGAACGGGGUUCGUUCGGAAAGGCUGAGCAAUCUUUCCAGCAUGCUUUCCACCUGUCAGCAAAGUCUGUUUUGAGCUUGUGGUAUGAGCACUGUUUUACAGUCUAAGGCGGAAUCUAGCAGAGACGUAUUGAAGGAGACUUGAUAAAUGUUUUACCUCUGACUGCUCUAUGCAGCUUUAUACAGAAGUGCACGCGCUUCAUCCUCUCUUGUACCUUUUGCGUGAUCACAGAUCAUACGUACAAAUAAAUCAUAUUUUACUAAUAUAGAUUUUAUGGUUCUUAGCUCGACAUGUUUACAGAUGUUGUGAACUUGACCAGAUAUUGAUAAUACAAAGUUAUGACUUUUAUUUAAAUCGUUUGUGUGUAUUUUUUUCUUAGCUCUCCUGGAAGCUUAACAAAACAGAUGUCACAGAUGUGUCAUGCAUUGAGUUUCACCUGCUUCAACAUUUUUGUCUGUUGUGAACCCCACCUAGCAAGUACAGAAUGGAGACACUAUAACGUCUAAAUAAAUGCUAAACUAUUUUACCAUUAAUUGUUUUGCAUAAUGCAUUUGUAUAGUAAACCAUUUAAUGCCUUUCAAUAGCCAGUAUUUCCCUGAACAUGUUGGGUUAGCUGAGUAAGCAGGGCGGUUGGCCAUUGUUGCAACAGUAAGUGAAUAUAUAUGCAUUCCUGCAAGCUUUUCUAAAAUUUUAUGUAUACCGUGAUUGUGCUCAGCCAACACAAGCAGUCCCAAGAGAUCCUGGUAGAUUUGCUGACAGAAGCAAAGCUAAAUUAGAGAUGGAUAAAUAUCUAUCUCCACAACCUGUGGCUCUCCCAGAGCCAAAGAAAUCACGGCGAGACAGUGCUUCUGUAGUGGACCACUUUUUCGGGGAUGACCAAGGUUCCCCAUACAGCAUCAACAUGAAUGUCUACCUGCCUGACAUCGCGUAUUUAAGAACCGGGCUGUGCCGGCCGACACGACAUUCAGUCCCCAACCAGAUCAAAACUGAAACCGUGACAGCUCCUUUUUCUCAUCCAGAGUGCCCGGUAAGCACAAAUGGUCCAUCUCCGCCAACGUUACCAGAAUUCACCAGCAUCUUUAAUUCGAAUUCCACUCCGGGGUCUGGAAUCAACACGGUGGAUGACAAUAGCUGUGUCUUUAUCAAGCAGGAGAUGCAAGGUUUUGACAUACCACAGGAUGGGCCUCUCUUUCAGCUCCUCAAUUCAGAGCUGGAUAUCCCCCAUAAUGCUGUCACAGACUCUCACUCCCACCCUCAUGCUCAGUCUAUGCACACACAGAUGCCCACUUUCCACGACCUGCACUUAGCAGCCCAACAGACUUCUGCCAAGACAUACUGUGGCAUGCACGCCACCGGGUACCCUCUCGGCCCCGGUCACUUUGUUCACCCCCAGGGUCAGGCCCACUCGCAUCUCAAAAUGCCUUACCUUCCUCCCUCACCGCCCACUUCAGAACCAGGCAGUCCUGACAGACAGAAGGAACUGCUUCACAAUCUGACACCACCGCCAUCUUACGCCGCCACUAUUGCUUCCAAAAUGGCCGUCAGCGCACCCAGUCAUCCGACCCCCACCUCAACACGAGCUCCUGCAACCACUGGGUCCAUGCCUGUCCGAUACAACCGAAGGACAAACCCAGACCUCGAAAAGAGAAGGAUACACCACUGUGAUUUUCAAGGUUGUAAGAAAGUUUACACCAAGUCGUCCCAUCUAAAAGCUCACUUGAGGACACACACUGGUGAGAAGCCAUACAGGUGCACAUGGGAGGGCUGUGACUGGCGGUUCGCUCGUUCAGAUGAACUGACGCGUCACUUCAGGAAGCACACGGGAGCCAAACCCUUCCAGUGUGCCGUGUGCAGCCGAAGCUUCUCUCGAUCCGAUCAUCUCGCUCUGCAUAUGAAGAGGCACCAGAAUUAAACACAGAAGCCCACACACAAGCACACACACACUAACUGAAAAACACAUACUUCUUAUUAUGCACUUGAAGUAAACUUAUAUCUUUGUCUAUGCCAUGACGAACCUUAUAAUGUUUGGGGGAAAACUUAUUCUCGGAUUUGACGAGACAAGUUGUCAAGGAUAAAAUAAUUUUUUUAUAUUAUGAAAUCCAAAGUCUUUGCUAGUAGCUGCAAAUGCCAUAGUCUUCAUUUACAGCACCUCAUUCAUUUUGAAAUUCUCUUCAAUGCAAAUAAGCUGUCUUGUACAUGAAACUGCCUUCUCAGCUUCUGAUGUAAAAAAGACUUAAGUGGAAGAUAUAAGAGUGCAGUUACUGUACGUAGUUUUAAACAUUUUAAAAUGGAGCAGUAAAACAUACAGAAUUUGUGAAAUCAUGUACAUACAUCUACAAAGCACUAAGCCAUCUCCCUUUUUACUUUGCACUUGAAUUUGACUGGAAAAGAUGUAUAUGUGUGAUAAAUGCUUUUAAUAUAUAUCACUGGAAUAGUUACUCCUCAAACAGGACUUUUGAUUCCCUCUUCAGGCUGCCUCAGUUGCUGAAAUAUUUAUAGCUUUGGAUUAUAAUGUGCUGCUACUGAACAGCUAUUAUUUCUUGAAUUAUUAAACAAUGGUAUAGAAAAGAAAUGAGAAGUGGAAAGGGCUUCAGACAGCUGUGUGAUUUGUACAGGCUUCUUUAUACAGAAGCAUGCCGACCCAUUUGUUUUCCAAUUGUCAUUGACGCAUAAGCUCAUAUGAAUGAACGAGACCAUGACUGUUCUUUUGAAGUAAAGCCUUUGGAACACAUUUCAUCUUAAAGUGCCUUUUGAUGUUUGUUUUUAUCAGCAUUACAUACUAAAACUGCUCUGUUGUUCAAAAAGGCGACAGAUCAUUCGGAGAGUCAUCAUUAUUUCACUAUUACAGCAAUUCAGGCAUUUGACAAAAAGAGGGUUCAGUUUUACCCCAGAUCUUUCUUGUAAAAAAAAUCAAUGUAUUUAUUGCAUUGGCCUUGUGAUGUGGAAUUUGACAAGUUUUGUGUAAUUGAAAUGCCUUAAUGUAAAUACUAUAACAUUGUAAAUAUUAGUUUGGUUUAUUUUGUUGCUCUGUUCUAAUUUUGGGUCCUGGCCGUGUGAUAUACGUUUUUGAUUUUUUUUAUAUAUAUUUUCAUCUAAACUUAUUUUGUAGAUUUCCAGAUUAUUUCUAAAUUGAUUGUCCCUGUGAGAUUUUUUGUCUAAUGAUUAAAAUGAAAUCUAAUAAAAUCAACUUUUUACAAACUGAA